AGCUACCAAUACCAACUGCAAUCCAUGUGGCAAAAAUGUUGGAAUACCAAUCAGAGUCUUGUUCACAACUUGCGCUUCCGUGAGAGAGGGCCGCUGAAGUCCUGGAGACCCGAGACUAUGGCCGAGGCAAUAUUUUCCGUACUCAAAGAAGGACUGUCCUUGUCGCAGGCUGCCAGGAAGUACGAUAUUCCGUAUCCUACAUUUGUGUUAUACGCUAAUCGGGUGCAUAAUAUGCUGGGACCUUCAGCUGACGGUGGAUCUGACUUGAGGCCAAAAGGACGAGGAAGGCCACAGCGAAUAUUAUUAGGUGUUUGGCCAGACGAACAUAUAAGAGGUGUUAUUAGAGCUGUAGUUUUUCGAGAUUCGCAUCAAAUCAAGGAAGAGCCGCAUCUAACCACAUAUCCUAGGCUGCAUGACGGAGUAACGGUCCAAAGUUACCAAAAUCAGAAUUCAUGUAGUAACGGAUCAGACCCAAACAACGUGUCACCUGGAGCCGCCGCCGCCGCCGCUGUGGCCGCCGUGGCCCAGGGCUUGAGACAGCAGAUGUGCAGCAUGGUGGCCGCAGCGCACAGCCAAAGUACGGCACACGACACCAACCCCGUAGCUAGUUUAGUAAAUUCUCUGGCCCUGGCUGGCCACUGCGGAAAUAUGACGAUGCCCAGCAACGGGGCACCUCCGAUGAGCAUGAGUCACAUGGCUUCCAUGCGUAGCAUGAGCAGUCCUGCAGGGAGCAUACAAGACUUGAGGAUAAGUCCCGCAGAAUCUGCACUAGAUAGUCCCAUAUCUUCUCCACUAGGUUUAACAGUCUCCAGUUCCAUGGAGCCCGCCAUUAAUAUGAACAUUGGUAAUAACAUGGACGUCGGCAUUGGUGUGUCGGGAAUGACAUACAAACCGGCGAGGUCAUUCACAUCCCCCAGGCCCGAAAAUCUCUUCCAAGAAGACAUUGACGAUUUGGUCAAGCCAAUGCAUUCUUCCACUCCACGUCCGAAAGAUAGUAUGGCCACCAUAAAAAUGGAGCCUCUAGCAGAGUGUCGCGGCGAAUGAACCGAAACAAUGUUACAAUGUAAUGUGAUAAAUUA